GUCAUCUGUCCGAUUGCUAGGCAGUUCGCUGAGCCAUCCACUGCCUAUCUACGCCUUAGCACGACGACCAGCACAUCACCAAGCACGCCAGCAGCACAGUAUCUCGACUACCGUCAUCAUCAUCGCCGUCCUCAUCAACCCAGCGCCAACUUCUCUUCUUUUUCCUUCUUUUUAUCAAUCCGCGUCUUCACUGACCUACCUGCAUUGUCCACUGCCAAACCACCAGCGAUCGCCAUUUUCUUUUGGCUGCCUUGUGCCUCGAGUCAUCAAUCACCACGCCCGGCCGUCUUCGUCGGCCAGAACGUAGCCCGUGCUGCGGACCAUCCUCCACAUUGGCAGCUCUUCGUCUCCGGCAAAUACCACUACCAUCGUGUCAGUACAGCUAUCGAGCGAGCCGGACGCUGACUCCUCUUUAAUCACCACUUCGCUUCCCUCCCCCUCCGCAUUCUUCCCUCUCCACAGCCAAUAUGCCAGGGAAGACACCUCAUUCGAACGGCAAAGAGCCUGUCGAAAACGGUGUUCGAAACAAUAAUAAGGAUGUUGAAAUGACCGACGAGAAGUCGUCAGUGAAGGGCAAGGGCAAGAAGAAUGUCAAGGAGGGCGAGGAUAUGACAGUAGUUGUUCCGCUUUCUAAAGCCACAAAGCAAUCAUCGCAGCCACCUCCUGAUAACGAAGGAGACGUAGCCAUGGAUGACCGGGAUAAGGCAGAGGAGCUCGAGGUCAAAAUCGACCCCGUCACGCAGACCAUCACGGAUAUUAAGAGCAAUUUCGCCCUUCUCGACCGCGCUGUAGCCUUGUUUGACUCUAGAUUCACAUUGCGCGCCUUGCGAUCCAUCUCAUCCCUUCGCAAGCGCCUCACUCCCGAUAUCCUCUCCCAGGUCAUCGCCGAGACCUUUCCUCCCACAAGUGCAUCAGCUACCGUAGCUCAGCAGCUUCUUGCUGUUAUUGGCAAGGGUGAUGUGCCUCUGGGACGACAACCUAGCACGGACAUGGAAUUAGACAACGACCCGAAAGCCGCAAAGAAUGGUAGCAAGAAAGAAAACAAAGAUGUUAUUCCUGAAAUCGACAUCUUCCUCGCCAUUCUCAUUCAGGUCUAUCUAUUUGACUCUAAGCAAUUCCAAGCAGGCGCCGAGUUUUCCAAGUCCCUAGCUGAUCGUAUACACUCUCUUAACCGGCGAACCUUGGAUUCGCUAUCUGCUAAGGUUUAUUUUUAUUACUCACUCUGCUGUGAGCAACUUGCUCCUCUUCCCCCAUCACCAAGGUCUCCCAUCGUCGCGAUUAGGCCAACCUUGUUGACUGCACUCCGAACUGCGGUACUACGCAAGGACAUCGACACGCAGGCUUCUGUCAUUGUCUUGCUGCUUCGAAACCAUCUCCUCACUUCCCACAUCUCACAAGCCGAUCUCCUUGUGUCUCACACCCAGUUCCCAGAGAAUGCCGCCAAUACCCAGGUUGCACGCUUCUUGUACUACCUUGGUCGUAUCCGAGCAAUCCAGCUACGGUACACCGAAGCUCACGAGCAUUUAACUGCGGCAACGCGCAAAUCGCCAGCAAGCAAUUGCGCUCUUGGUUUCGCACAAACAGCAACAAAGCUCCUGCUUGUGGUUGAACUUCUUAUGGGUGACAUUCCCGAGCGUGCUACCUUCCGCGCUUCUAAUAUGGAGCAAGCGUUGAGGCCGUACUUCCUGCUCGUUCAAGCCGUCCGGGUAGGUAACUUGGAAGAUUUUGAAACAGCUAUCGCCGAUCAUGCUAGUACAUUCCGCCGCGAUGGUACCUAUUCUCUUAUCCUUCGCCUACGCCAAAACGUCAUCAAGACUGGUAUUCGCAUGAUGAGCUUAAGCUACAGUCGAAUUUCAUUACGAGAUAUAUGCAUUCGGCUACACUUAGGCAGUGAAGAGAGUGCUGAAUAUAUAGUUGCCAAAGCGAUCCGUGAUGGUGUGAUUGAGGCCACUCUCGAUCGCGAGCAUGGUUUCAUGAAGAGUAAAGAGGUCGGUGAUGUCUACGCUACAAGGGAGCCUGGUGAGGCGUUCCAUGAUCGUAUCAGGGCUUGCCUCGGUCUUCACGAUGAAAGUGUUAAGGCUAUGCGUUUCCCUAUGAACCAACAUCGACUUGAGCUAAAGAAUGCUCAAGAGGCUCGCGAGCGCGAACGAGAAAUGGCCAAAGAGAUACAGGACGGUGAUUUGGACGAAGACGACCUUGGUGGUGAUUUCGAGGGCAUGUAAAGUAUCAAACCCCGUGUAUUAUGGAUUUGGUGAAUUUUCCAAUGGCGCUGCCUUCCGUGUGCUCCGGGGCUAUUCACUACCUGGGAUGUAUGGUCGACCCGGAGCUACAGGAGGGACUGCUAUAGUUGACGACUGAAAUUAAAGGCCAGGCUGUAGACAAUCCAAACAGCCACGAACAAACAUCAUUGGCCACCAGCCUUGUAUAGAUACUACAAUUACUCUUUUAUUUUAAAGCAGAGAUGGAGUGAUGCGCUCACGGAUAAUCCAGCAACUUUCAACAUUCAUAGCCCUGCACAAGAGUCAUCCAUUUCAUGCUUAUCAAUGGUUUCGA